CGAAACAGUAUAUUUGAAUUUGAUCUGAUUUUAAUAGGAGUAUUUGGAAAUCGAAACAAAUAUCGAUCCCCUCUUUGAGUGUCGGAAAUACCGAGAAUAUCCCUAACAUAUAACUACAAAAUCCUGACUCUAUAUACACUCCCUCUGCCUCUGUCUGUCACCAACUCCUCACUCCUCCCUUCUCGACGGAGCCUCCGAAGUUACUCUCCAACCACCACCCCCACCCCCACCCACCCAUUAUAUCGACACACUCUCUCUCUCACACACUCCUCAACUGAUCUGUGAGAGAAAAUGCAGAGCGCCGCCAUUACAUUCGCGCCUUCUCUUUCUCUCUCUACCCGUCCGCGCAGCCUCUCCGCUCGCGGCUUCAACCCCAUCGCCGCCCUUCCCAAUGGAAAAUUCCAUUUCGGCGGUGCUGUUUCUGCUCGAAAAUUGAGCCCGAUUAGCUGCUCGCUGAAGCAGAGCGGAUGGGUGGCCGGGCCGAAUCCGGGACUCCCCGAGCCCGAAUCUGAUGGACUUGUGGUUCGUGCCACGGCUGAGAACGCGGGGGCUGCCGAGAUCCCGAAGCCGAAGAGCUCCGCCAUGGAUACGGUGGUGCUCGGAAGUCUAUUCGGGCUCUGGUACCUGUUUAACAUCUACUUCAAUAUCUACAACAAGCAGGUUCUUAAAGCUUUUCACUACCCAAUGACGGUAACCCUUGUGCAAUUUGCGGUCGGGACUGUGCUUGUCGUUACAAUGUGGACAUUAAAUCUGUACAAGCGGCCUAAAAUCAGUGGAUCCCAGCUUGCUGCAAUUCUUCCAUUAGCAAUGGUUCAUACUUUAGGCAACCUCUUCACCAAUAUGAGUCUUGGAAAAGUUGCUGUUUCAUUCACUCAUACGAUCAAAGCCAUGGAGCCCUUCUUCUCUGUGGUCCUCUCUGCCAUGUUUUUGGGAGAGUUUCCUACACUAUGGGUAGUUUCAUCACUUAUGCCAAUUGUUGGUGGAGUAGCUUUGGCAUCAAUGACUGAGGCCUCUUUUAAUUGGGCCGGUUUUUGGAGUGCUAUGGCCUCAAAUUUGACAAAUCAAUCUCGCAAUGUCCUUAGCAAAAAGUUUAUGGUAAAGAAAGAGGACUCCUUAGACAAUAUUACUUUGUUCUCAAUAAUUACCAUUAUGUCCUUCUUCUUGAUGGCACCUAUUGCCUUUUUCAUGGAAGGCUUCAAGCUGACACCUACAUACCUUCAGGCUACUGGGGUGAAUGUCAAUCAGCUUUACACUAGAUCUCUCAUUGCAGCUCUCUGCUUCCAUGCAUAUCAACAGGUGUCGUACAUGAUCUUGCAACGUGUAUCUCCUGUCACCCAUUCCGUAGGCAACUGUGUUAAGCGGGUGGUGGUGAUUGUCACUUCCGUUCUCUUCUUCCGCACACCUGUCUCACCUAUCAACUCUCUAGGCACUGGAGUAGCCCUUGCUGGAGUGUUCUUGUAUUCGAGAGUGAAGCGCAUUAAGCCAAAGCCAAAGGCUGCUUGAGGUUUUGUGUUGGAUCAAAAUUUUGUUGUUGAUUCAGUUUGGUAGACUAGAAAAUCAACCAUUGUUGUAUGCUGCUAGUAAGGACGAGUUUUUCACUUUUCUGUUUUCUUUAUCUUUCCCUACAAAUUAUCCGCAUAUUCUUUCCUGAAUUUUUUCUCCUUGCUACAAAUCUAAUGCUUUCCACAA